GCAGAGUGAGCCGGGGCCGCAGCGGCUCCUCCUCCUCCUGCCGCUCCCCGGCACCGCCCUGCAGCGCCGGCUGCACCUGGGACGGGCGGUGGUAGCAGCGGCUCCCAGGACCUUCGGUCUUUGCAAUGAGUUACCCAGGCUAUCCCCCAGCGGGUGGAUACCCUCCAGCUGCCCCAGGUAGCAGUCCUUGGGGUGGUGCUGCCUAUCCACCUGCAAAUCCACCUCCAAUUGGUCUGGAAAAUGUGGCUGGCUAUGCCAACCAGUUCAAUCCCAGCCACAUGGCUGGAAUGGCAUCCAACCUGGCAGGAACCUUUGGAGGGGCAAAUCUUCCACAAAGCAUGUAUCCUUCCACACCUGGGGGUUAUCCACCAGUUCCUCCAGGUGGCUUUGGGCAGCCCCCUCCAGGACAGCAGCCCUCGUACGGAGGGUACCCUCCGCCUGGAGGAAAUCCCCCCUCCGGAAUGCCAUCUUACCCGGGAUACGGGGGCGGCCCUGUGCCAGGCCAGCCCACACCACCUCCUGCCCAGCAGCCCAUGAGCUAUCCAGGCCUUCCAGCAACUCACCCAGGGCAGCAGCCCAUGCCAAGCUAUCCAGCAGGUCCAGCUGUGAACCCGUCUAUGCCUUCCUACUCAGGAGCUACAGGGCCUGCAGUCACUCCUGUAACACACAGAAACCGAGGUACGAUCACUGAUGCACCGGGCUUUGACCCUCUGAAGGAUGCAGAAGUCUUAAGGAAGGCCAUGAAAGGAUUUGGAACUGAUGAGCAGGCAAUCAUCGAUUGUCUUGGAAGUCGUUCAAACAAGCAGCGGCAGCAGAUAAUCCUGUCCUUCAAAACAGCUUAUGGAAAGGAUUUGAUCAAGGAUCUCAAGUCUGAGCUCUCAGGUAACUUUGAGAGGACAAUCUUGGCAAUGAUGAAGACACCUGUCAUGUUUGAUGCUUAUGAAAUCAAGGAAGCUAUAAAGGGUGUUGGCACAGAUGAAAAUUGUCUCAUUGAAAUCUUAGCUUCCCGCAGUAAUGAGCACAUUCAGGAGCUCAACAGGGUCUAUAAAGCAGAAUAUAAGAAAACCCUGGAGGAAGCAAUAAAAAGUGACACAUCUGGGCACUUUCAGAGGCUUUUAAUUUCACUUGCUCAGGGAAACAGAGAUGAAAGUACAAAUGUUGACAUGUCUGUUGUCCAAAGAGAUGUACAGGAGUUGUAUGCAGCUGGAGAGAACCGUCUAGGAACUGAUGAAUCCAAGUUCAAUGCCAUUCUGUGUGCCAGAAGCAGGGCCCACCUUAGAGCAGUCUUCAGCGAGUACCAGAGGAUGUGUAACCGGGACAUCGAAAGCAGCAUAUGCCGUGAGAUGUCUGGAGACCUGGAGAUGGGCAUGCUGGCAGUAGUGAAGUGUCUCAAGAACACACCAGCUUUUUUUGCAGAGAGAUUACAUAAAGCAAUGAAGGGAGCAGGAACCAAGGACAGGACGCUGAUCCGCAUCAUGGUAUCGCGCAGCGAGGUUGACCUGCUGGACAUACGUGCAGAGUACAAGCGGAUGUAUGGCAGAUCCCUCUACUCAGACAUCACUGGUGAUACUUCAGGAGACUACCGGAAAAUCCUACUCAAGUUGUGUGGUGGAAAUGACUAAAUGGAGCAUUGAGUUUUUCUUAAAAAAGCUGCUGCAGAGCAUCUUUUUUUCUCCAUAAGUAAAUAUGUAAACCCGUAAAACCUGUUUCUUCUAAAGCAGUUGCAUUUUAAAAGAGAAUACUACAUAUAUCUUCAGUUCAAAAGUAGUAGGUAAUAAAUGCCAAGGCCCCCCAAAAUACCGAGCUUAUGUGCCAUCUGCUCAGGAUUCUGUGUAGUACACUCAGCAAUACAUGAAUGGUCAUUAUUUCUUUUCUGCUUAUAUCAUGUUGAAAUAAUGUUUGUUUAACAACAAUCACAAUUGUAUGAUUUUAAGGUGUUCUUUUGUAUAAACAUUGAGUGCCAUUUUAAUGCAAGUUUUAUAUCUGUUGUAUGCAGAGUUGGUUUUGGGCUACCACUUCCUGAUAUGUGGAGAUAGCAGCCUCGAGGUUUUGUGUCUAGUUAAGGCUGCUUUAAAAAGUUUUGUCCAGUUCUGUUUCUUUACCUUGAUUCUUUUCAAGGAAGUUAUGUUCUACAUUCAUUCUUGCUAAGGCAGACUGUCACAAGGCAGUAGUAAUGUUGACAGUAGUCAAGAUUCUGUCAUUAUUGUUUAAAGGUUUUGGAUUGUGCCUUAAAUAUAUAUAUAUAUGUAAGAAGAGAUUAUGAAAUUAAAGCUAAGUCUUUGCAGACUGUGUCUUUUGAUGUCAUAUUGAUGUAUGUGAGUGAUGACUCAGUUUAUGUAACUUAGUUUUUCCAUAGAAAUUCUCUGCCACAGGAUUAUUCAGAAAAUGUUGUUUUGGUAAGAGUUAGGGAGUUGUGUGCUGUUGAUGAGCAAUUGUCUGUACAUGAGACAUGUAAUCUGUAGUUACUGCUCAGUAUUUUCAGUUUGCAUGUUGUAAUUUCUCUUACUCUUGGAACUCUGAGUUUUUAUUCCCUGCUAGCAUGGAUGACAUCUCUUCAGCUCAUUGUUCUCAAAAUAAAAACACAUAAAGGUAAAAAGUACAAAGUGGGGGAAAGGUUUCCAAACUAGGUCACUGAAAAUAGAUUGCUUGUUAAUCAGGAACGUGCAACCUCCCCUUACUGAAGUACAUAUAUGUAAGUGUUCUCCCUCUGUUGUGUAAGGGUCAGGCAGGUCCUUUUUCCUAGAAGCUGUAUUGCUAUUUGUCUUGAAAGAAAAAGGCAAUGUUGUGGAUUUAAUUCUGGAUUGCAUUUGUCACCAUGGCAAGGGAGGGGAAUGUAAAGAUUAUAGAAUAUGGCAGCCAUGUGUCCAAGUGAUGGAUUCUGACUGGGACUUGCUGGCAGGACUCUCAGUUUGGUCAAUGGUAGCAGUGUGUCCUGUGUCCAAAGGCAGGCCAUACACUUAUUUCUGUCAGACAAUCUGAGCAUGUCUUGAGAGGAGUUUGCAGCUGGAAGUCUAUCUUUGUUGGCUGAAACCAAUAGCAAGGGUUCACUUCCUUGCAGGGGAAGGAGGAAGCUUUUGAAUUAAGGGACGUUUGUUAGCUGUGCUUUAGUCCUGAACACCACCUGGUCUUGUUUUCUUAC